CUUUGAUAAGCCGAACCUGUCUUUUUUUAUUUUCUUUUUUUCUUUUUUUCUACAAGUAAAACGAAUAAUGGCGAGAAAGCACAUUAAUGAACCGAUAGAAAGUGAAUCUGAACAAGAGGAAUACGAUCAGAGUGAACAAGAAUAUGAUGAAAGUGAGGAAGAAGAGUUUGACGAGAAUGAGCAAAGUGAAACUGAGAAUGAAGAAGAAAACGAAAGUGAAAUAGAAGACGAUGAGAAUGAUAGAGCGGCUAAAAUAGCAAAAAUGAAAAGAGAUCUUGCUCAUGUAUCAUUUGAACAACUUGCGGAAAUCAACAAUAAAAUGGGAAUCAAUGAUACAUUAGAAAAGAAGAAAGUGUCUAAAGCACAGAUCUUGAAGGAUCUCGAAGGCGCAGUGAGUCAACUUAAGAAGAAGGAUAGAAGAUUAAAAAAGAGCGACCAAGAGAUGAAAAGAGAAAGCAAACACAGACCCAUGGAGAUGUCAUCCAAAAGGGCUGUCACUCGACUCAGAACGGUUGUUCCUUUACAAGCAGAGAAACGACGCGACCCAAGAUUUGAUAAACUUUCUGGUCACUUCAACCAAGAUUUAUUUGAAAAAUCAUACGGUUUUUUAGAGGAGUAUCGUAAAUCUGAAAUAGACAUGCUUAAGGAUCAAAUCAAGAAGGAACGAGACCCAGAAACGGCAGAGAACUUAAAAAUGAUGUUGACUAAAAUGGUGUCUUCGGAGAAAACAAAAGAAGAUCGAAAGAGAAAACAAGAAUUGAUUCGACAGAGAAAGAAGCAGGAAGCUGAAUUAGUGAAACAAGGGAAAAAGCCUUACUUCCUCAAGAGAUCCGAGAAACGUAAGCUUGAGUUGAUGGAUAGAUACCAACGAUUGGGAGAUAAGGCGGUCGACCGUAUCUUAGAGAAACGCCGUAAGAAGAACUCAAGCAAGGAUAAGAAGAAGCUACCGUUCAAAAGGAGAUCGGCCGCGGAGUAAUUACAACAACAAAAUGAGAUUUACACAAAUUCAAUUAAUUAUAUUGUACAAAUUGAAUAAAACUAUUUUUGUAAAUAAAUCUUUGGCAG